ACAUUAUGUUCAGAAUUCUUGCAGACAUCCAGUCACGAAAGGAAAAAACUAUAUUUCACCGGGUGUUACGAAAACGAAGACCAAAGACCUAAGACCCCGUCUUCCUUUUCGUUUUCGUUUUCGGACAUCCGAUCCUUGUUUUACUUUCGUCCCAUGAGACCAUAGUGUGCAUAAAUUUGGCGUGGCACUACAUCAUUAUUUUCUGUAUGACACGAAAAGUUAAACUUCGAACCAAGAUAGGAGCUUCAAAAAUGAAUCGUUUGCUGUUCACUCUGACUGUUCUUGUUCUGAUGGCUGUAACUGCUGUCUCUUUGAAGUGUUACACCUGCAUUGGUUCUGAAGAUAAUUGUAAGAAAAGCAAAUUGGAGGACAACAAGCCCACCUAUUUAAAUACGUGUUUUCUUGCCGAUACAUGCCUCAGAUACUGGCAAAAAACCAAAGAUAACGAUGCUAUAGUUCAUAGCGGAUGCACUACCGAAGACUACUGUGACGCCCAAAAAUCAGCAUGUGAUAAAGCUAAAGAUACUCUGAAGGAUUAUCAGUGUGCGGUUGGCUGCUGUUCUGAUGACGGAUGCAACGCAGGCUCAUCUCUCACCUUUAGUAUUAUCCUGUUGGCCAUGUGCACUUUCCUGGGCCUGGAACUGCUGAAGUAACUGUGGGUACACUUUUACCAGGCUGCUGUUCUUAGGGCUCGCCACUCAUGUCAAGACUCUUGACCUUUUCUCUCUUUUUUCGUCUAUAUUUUUUUUUUUGUUCUUUCAGGUAGUUUAAAUGACAACGUGUUACCUCAUUCUCACCGUCUUCAAUAUGAUGUAAAGUUUUCGAGCUGAAAGAGUCUCUAGAGCACGCAUAAUGCUUUUUAAAACAAUAGUAUUGUCAAUAGCUUUAAAAUUAUGAUAUAUUAGUUGCAGGGUCACAUUUUAUACCUGCAUUAACUGAACUUUAUGAGCGUUAUUUGUAAGUAGCGGCUGCGUAGUUGUUAGUUACUCUUUCUCAGUUUUUGGUAAUCAAUAAAGUGGAUCGAAACUGCAA